GGAGUGGCCGCCGCGGCCUAUUUCCGCGAACACCGCGAACCCGGUUCGGGGAGCUCGGUGCAAGUUUCUCGCAUCCACGCAGUCUCCUUGGCCCCCGCCAUCCGCGCCCAUGCAGCCUCGUCGACCCCCGGCGCCCGCGCUGCUGCUGACCCUCUGGCUGCUGCUGAGCCUCGCACUGCGCGCGGCUGCCCGGGAGCACCCCGAUGUCCCCGCGCGGCCCCCGGCGGCCGUGGGGCUGCCACGCGGGAUCCUGCAGUUGGCGGCGCGCACUGCCCUGCACUUCUUCAACUUCCGCGCCGGCUCGCCCAGCGCGCUGCGGGUGCUGGCCGGUGUGCAGGAGGGCCGCGCGUGGGUCGACCCCCAAGAGGGAUGUGAAGUGAACUUGGUGUUUAGCACAGAGCGCUACAACCCUGAGGAGGAAGCUGAGGAACGUUUGGGCAAAUGUUCUGCAAGGGUGUUUUUCAAGAAUCAAAAACCCAGACCAGCCAUUAAUGUCACCUGCACAGGACUCAUUGAGAAAAUGAAGAGACAAGAAAGAGAUUAUCUGCUUUACAAGCAAGUGAAGCAACUGAAGAGUCCUCUGGACAUCGUCAGCAUCCCUGAUAAUCAUGGACAUAUUGAUCCCUCGCUGAGACCCAUCUGGGACUUAGCUUUUCUCGGCAGCUCUUAUGUGAUGUGGGAGAAGACAACCCAGUUCCUUCACUACUACUUGGCCCAGCUCACCAGUGUGAAGCAGUUGAAAACUGAUGAUGACGGCAUCGACUUUGAUUUUACUGUUCUGCUGCAUGAAUUCUCAACACAGGAAAUCAUCCCCUGUCGUAUUCACUUGUUCUGGUACCCUGGCAAACCACUGAAAGUACAGUACCACUGUCAAGAGCUGCAGAGCCCAGAAGAAGCCUCUGGAAUGGAGGAAGCAUCAGCCAUGGCACCAACAGAGCUCAGUAAUUUCUAAAGAGAAAAGAGCGAUCCGCUUCUAUCAUAUUCCAAACAAAGCGACUCCACAGGCCUACUUCAUCACUCCUGCAAGAAAGCAAAGGUCCGGGGGUCCCAGCAACUUAGACAGGCCUGCAGUUACAGGCAAGUGUUUCCCCCCAGAUCAGCCUUGGUGUUUAACUCCGAGAGCCAGUGCACACAUGUAGCUAUCUGCCCAGGGCUUAGCGGUCAGAGCACAUUGCUAAGACUUUGUGCAGGUGGAUCAACAAUUGCUUUGGGGAAAAGGUUUCAUCUCUGAAUUUGUGUUUUUCAUAAUUUUGGACAUAGUAUAGCUAUUUUAUGUUGCUAAAUUGCUCCUACUUAUUACGUCAACAAACAGUUUUGUCAACGAAAGUAAAUUGCGGGGAAAUAUUAACUGCGAAUUUCAGGCAAGCAUUCCUUUUUAACUUUGAAAUAAAUGUUUGCAUUUCUAAAUAACAAAA